AUGCCAAGCGAUGCUGGUGCCGACCAAGAUAUGCUCAUAUUUCCGGACUUCCAAGCCGAAAAGGCCGGCGUCUAUAAGUGUGAUGGAUCCAACGAUGACGUCGUAAGCGUGUCUAUAGAUAUGUAUCCGACAUAUCCUAAAAUACACGACAACGUUGUUCUAAAAUGCAUCGUUGAAAACGACGAAGCUGCAAGCAUCACUUGGGAGAAAAUGGACGACCAUCUUCCGGCCACGGCUUCGAUUAUGGGCAACACUCUCGUUUUGUACGGCAUCACUCCAGAAGAUGAAGGCAUCUACAGGUGUUCGGCGAUGAGCAAGAGCGGCGAGGUGAAGAACGAUAUCGAAGUACACGUCGCUCACGAAAUUCGAAGAACUGUUCUUCGACAUGCCUAG